UUUUCUCAGCUUCUUGUUGGACUUUUCGAGUUAUUUAUUUGGAUUUUACCUUAAGAAUAUAAAAUAUUGUUGUCUUUAGAUCUAUCCUUUCUUUUGAUUUCUGAAAAAAAAAAUCAAUUUUCUACUCCAGUUUUAGAUUUUUACUAUUUUGGGUUUAUGGGUCUUAUUUCCUCUGUCAUCAGCAAGACUUUGAUGAUUUGUUAACUUCUUUGCUGUAAUUGGUUUAAUUACUGCUAUUAUGUGCCAAAUGUAGUUAACGAAGUCUGAUUUUUUCCUUUUGGAUUGAUUGUAUCCACUUGCAAUGGUUUCUGUUCUUCAAAUGGGCAUCACGGUAGCUCUGAUGAGGAAUGUAGUUUGUUGGAAUGUAGAUGUAAAACUUGAUUUUUCUCUCUUUGCUAAGUUCUUUUUUCUUCUUAUUUGCUGAUUGGGAUAACCUUUUGGGUGGGAGAUGGUACCGUACAGUCAGGGGCGGAUUUAGCAUAGUACUUCCAUUUCAAUUUAGACAAGCACUUGGCACAAAGUUAAAAAAGAAAAAACUUUUAAAAUAUAUGGCGCUAAAAACUUAGUAAGGCUAUGAUAUUUGUGUAUUUAUAAAAGUUUCUUAUUAAGCGUAAAGUAUGUAAAAUAAAAAAUUUAAAGUUAAAUUGUUUCUCAAUAUAAAAAUGUCUAACAAGGAUAAUGUGUCAUUUAAAUUGAAAUGGAGGAGUACAUGUUGUGGCUUCUUCUGAUCUUGUAGUUUUGGCACAAGCCCGAUUGUUGAAAAUCCACUAAAUAAGUACAAAUAAUCAAUUUUCGAACCCAAUAAAUCCAAUCUGCUGUGGUAGAAUUUCAAAGUGGAACCCAUAAAGUUGGAUUUCUGGAUCCACUUCUGUGUACAGUAAUGGAAGUAUAGAUAUGUGCAGAUGAAGAACAUGACAGUUGAAUACGAAUGAAAGGAGUGCUUUGGUAUUUGUUUUUCCAGCGUCAUACUGCAUUGUCGAAAAAAUUGCUCUCUGGAUAUUCUCCAGCAGAACUCUACCUGUGAAUUACCAUUGCUCUGCUGGUUAACUUUAGCUUUGUUGUUGCUCAGAUUAUAGAGAAACAUAAAAUUUGGAGAAUAUUUUCAGCCCUUUAGAAAUCGGAGACAUAAUUUCAAUUAAUAUCAUGCUGGUGCUGCCUCUUCCAUCCUUUUAAACCUCUCAUUCUUCCGGACCCAGAUGAUUAGUUCAUUCUUUUCAUUGUUUAUUUUCCCUGUUUAAGAAGCUUUCCAGGUGAUGAAGGUUGGAACAGACCAGAUAAUGUAUCUUUGAGAGUUAGGUUUUGAUUUGGUUUGGUGUUAUACUUAUCUACUUUCCUUUUGUGACUAUGGGUGUAAUUUGGUACUUGUUUUCCAUUUUUAACCCUUGGACAUGCAUCUGGGCUGUAGAUGUUUGUAAAGAUAACGCUCAGUUUCAGUCUAGGAGAUUACUACCUCUGGAUAAUGGAGUACAAGUUUCUGCCCAGCUGUGUGCUACUCCGCAAAGAAUCCGUUUUGGAUAUCUUUUAGUGUUGAUCUUACCAAAUUUCAAGAAGCCCCGCUCAUAUUUAGUAGAUUUGUAGGGGUUGAAUUAAAUAUCUGAUAGACGAUCCCAGAAAAUUUUGAAAGAAGAAUGGUUCAGACAGUGGAAGUCAUCAAGGGUGGUGGAGGUUCUAUUAAAGUUGGAACAACUGGUACAAUCGGUGCCUUGAUGUCAAGAGAAUUAGAUUCUAAGAAGUUUUCUCCUCAGACACCGGCUUCAUAUAGAAGUAAGUCUCCUACUGUUUGUUCUUUCAUUGCUGGCAGUGCGACCAGUGCUAAAAGAGUGAAGCCAGGAACAUCGAGUGACGAAGCAAGCAGCAGUGGGAUGUCUGAGGACAAUAAGAAAUGCCCUGAAAUUGUCAGGAAAACAAAGCACUAUAAUCGAAAAACUAAUCAAAUUCCAAUACUAGAAAACGACAAUGUCUUUGUUGAUGGAACUCCUGUGAGGCAGAAACCUCAGAGAAAGGGACCUUACAUGGUGGAGAUUGUGGAUAUAAAUUGUGGGGAUGUUGACAGAACUUGGGCAGGCCCUAUAAAGAAUCGCCUGAAGAAGCUUGGUUUCUCAAAGCUGUCUGAGAGCCCUGUCUAAGUGCCUAAUCCUUGAAUAUCACAUUUAGAUUCCUGUAAGUGAAUGUGGACAUUGCAAUUGGUUUAUUACAUUCUGCGACUUAUACCAUAGAGCACCUGCUGGGAUCAGCUUAUGCUCCCUCUUCUCCUUUUUGGGGUUUUUGGCCGAUGAUCCAAGCUUUGGUUUGGUGUAAACUGCUAGUAGAACCCAUAUAUCUGCAAGUUGGCGAGACUUGUGAGAGCUGUCGUGACAAGUUGUAGCCUAUAGAAAUAUUCUCUUUCUUGCAAGAAGAGGAAUCAGAAAGUGCAUGGGCUGCCUAUCUCAACUAAAGAAUUUUUCGUCGCCAUCUGAGGAGCAACCAUGAAGCCUAAGCCAUUAACUAUAUACCUGGAUCUAUCUUUGCCUAGUAAGAGGGCAAGCAGUGGCAGAGCCACCUUCAUCCAAGGGGUGUUAUUUGACACCCCUUCGCCGAAAAAUGACACUGUGUAGUUAGGUAAAAAAAAUUCCAAUGUAUAUGUAUUACAUGUUGUGAAUUCCUUUGUGUGUUUUUUUCUUUAUAUAUUGACUCCCCUUAGUGAAGUUCUGGCUCCGCCACUUAGGGCAAGGGACCUAUUAAGGUUGAAGAGAAGUGGCCUAGAGCUGUGGCUGUGACUUGAUUCUUGGUUAGGCCUAAUUCCUUGUGUAUUCAUUCGGCUACUCUCUCAUAGGAGUAAUCUUUAUCUAAUGAAGUGGUUACUGUGGGCUUGGUGGAAGAUACUGUGGCGCUGUGGUGGCCCUAUUCAUGUAUUUGCAGUUUAAAACUUCUAUGGUUGCUAAAAUCA